GGAAGCCCUGCCCGAUGCGCGCCGGAAGUGGUUCUCGCAACGGAGAUGGCGGCCCUGGUCAAGGCGAAGAAGAAAGUUGUCAACCAGCAGGAGCUGCGGCGGUUGAUGAGGGAGAAGCAGCGGGCGGCCUCCGGCAGCAGGAGGAUCGAGUCCCCGCUCGCUAAAUAUAACAGUUUAGGUCAUCUUAGCUGUGUGAUUUGCAGUAUUCCAAUAAAAAAUGAACUACUGUGGCAGACACACAUUCUGGGGAAACAACAUAAAGAGAACCUGGAGAAACUAAGAAAUACGAAUCAAACAACUGAACCAUCAAUAGUUAACGCAUCAACAGUUCCUGUAGUAAAGAGAAAAGGUACAGAUACAGAAACCCAACCAACAAAGAAAGUCAGAGCCUUCUGUGAAUCCAGAACAGCUACAAAUACUGGGUUACCGGCUGACUUUAUCGAUCCAGUGAAUGAACUGCCUCAACAGUGUUUGCAGCAUUCCAAUCAAAGCUUGGUAGUUGUGAGUAAUGAUGACGGGGAAGAAAAGGCUGAGGACAGUGCUGGUACUGCAUCACCUGUGGGAGUGGGAGUUUUACAGAAAAGUGCUACUCUUCCAGCACCAGUGCAGAACAAGACUGAAAACAUCCUUCCUGCAGACUUUUUUGAUAGCAGUCUAACACCUUCUGCUGUUUCUCAUUCUGGAUCUGUCCAAAAACCAGAACAACCAGACAAGACUCUGGAAAGGAAAGAGAAUACUGCUGAAGCUUUGCCAGAAGGAUUCUUUGAUGAUCCAGUAAAGGAUGCAAUGGUGCGGAAGGUAGACCCACCAAAAGAUCAGAUGGAUAAAGAAUGGGAAGAGUUUCAGAAAGAAAUCAGACAGGUUAAUACGGUUUCAGAAGCAAUUGUAGCAGAAGAUGAUGAAGAAAUUCGUUUAGAUAGACAGAUAGAAGAAAUUGAUGAACAAAUCAUGUGCUACAGACGUGUAGAGUAUUUAAGAGACCGCCAAGAGACUGUAAAACAACAAUUGAUGACAACUUUGAAAGGCAGACCAUCACAAAGUGAUGAGAAAGUUGAUACCGAUGAGGAAGAGGAACUUCAAGAAUUUCUUUCAGGUGAUUGGCGAGCAAAAGGAGCUUUGCUUUAGUACUCUGUGCUGUGCAAUUAUUACUCAAAGUAAACUUACAACAAACCAGAACGUAUUGCUAAUCAAGACUGACUUCUAUUGGGGCUUUCGCAUGAACUGAUAAACCUUCAAGAACUUCAGUCAUCAUCACAGGAACCCUUGGAAAAAUUUUCUUUUUUAAAUUGGUAAAACUUUUUCAGAAGAUGUACAGUGGUUGUUACAUUUAAAUAUUAAGUUGUGUCCAGAUUUUAUUUUUUAUCAGAUUAUUUCAAUUAAAGGGAUUUUCUGAUCAUA